AUCCAAGGGAUUUCUCUAGAAGGCAAAGAAAACAAACUGCUCCGAUCCACAACCUGCGAGGAAAAAAAAAAAAAAAAAAAAACAGCUCCCAGAAAGUAGCUAAAGCUCUAACCUUUCACAAUUACAGAGAGAGCUUGCUUUCUUUCUUUCUUUCUUUCUUUCUUCCAUUCAUGGCGGGCAUAGUUUCUUCUUCCUCGGGUCUGAAAAUUCACUACCCAUCAUCAUCGUCAGCAGAAGAAGUCUUCGAUUCCCGGCGGCAAUCUUCACGGCUCACUCUCCUCUCAUCGGAUUCCCUUCCCACAACCCAUUCACGCGGAAUCUUCCGCUCCACUACCAAGUUGAAGAAUCCCAGCCUCUACGCUGCUUCAGAUUCCUGGAAAUGGCGGACCCAAGUUUCUUCGUCCUCCUCCAAAGAGGGUUCAUCCUCCUCCUCCUCCACCAGGCGGCAAGAUGUGGUCAUCAACCUCCUCAAGUCUCAGCUCUACGACGCGAUUGCCCCUCUCGACCGCGGCGUUGAAGCUACCCCUCAGGAACAACAGCGCGUCGACGAGAUAGCUCGUAAGUUGGAGGCUGUGAACGCAGAAAAGGAGCCUCUCAAGUCCACUCUGUUGAAUGGGAAAUGGGAGCUUCUGUACACUACAUCUCAAUCAAUACUCAAGAAAAAGUGGCCAAAGUUGUUGAGACCAAAUGGGAAAAUCUACCAGGCAAUCAAUGUCGACACUCUGCGGGCUCAAAAUCUGGAAACUUGGCCCUUCUUUAAUCAGGCAACAGCUAAUCUAGUACCUCUAAACGAGAAAAGGGUCGCUGUCAACUUUGAUUUCUUCAAGAUUGCUGGCCUGAUUCCGAUUGAAUCGCCUGGAAGUGGACGUGGGCAGCUCGAGAUCACUUACUUGGAUGAGGAAUUAAGAAUCUCAAGAGGAGACAGGGGAAACCUCUUCAUCCUGAAGAUGGUGGAUCCAUCCUAUAGGGUACCCCUGUAAACUUUGGAUCCAUAUCUGAAAGAAAUCUGACGAGUUAGUUUUGAAGAAACACAGGCCAAGUCCCCUGGAGAGAAGAAGAAAUCAAGAAUAUCAGGAACAUGGAAUUGCUAGGGAGAGAUCAAGCUCUGUCAUUUCUGUAUAGUUUCGGUCAUAUUCUUGGAAUCCAUCGUUUGUACAAUGGACCAAGCUUUCCAGUAGUGAACGUUGGAUAAUACAAACGGUGGAAUGGUCUAUGUGGAGACUGGAGUAGUCCUUACUUGCAGUUCACUUCACCAUGUGAAGCCUCUACUCUCUGCAACAGACCCAACCUCUUGUUCCAGUUAUCCAAUUGAAGUCAAUUCUGAAGAUCCCAAUUUGCCUAACUAAUUAAUUAGUAUCCUCCCU